CAACUCCAGGGUUGCCAGCACAUGGUAAAAUCCCCCAUAGGAAGAGUAGGUCAAGCGGUGUGGGGACAAGUUGCAGCGGCUUUGAGUAGCUGCUGCUUGAAGAUUGGAAAGAGUUUGAGGUUUUGCGAUUGAAUACCGGAGAGGUGACAGUUCUCAAACAGCACUCGUCGACAUGAGUGGGAGCCCAGACGUCAGUUUUGAUCCCAAAGAGCACCAACAUCUGCGUUACAACCCCUUGCGGGACAGCUGGGUCCUGGUGUCAGCCCAUCGCAUGAAGAGACCUUGGGCGGGUCAGGUAGAAAAACCUCCUGAGGAACACAUACCUAGAUAUGACCCCCGCAACCCGCUCUGUCCCGGGAAUACACGUGCAAACGGAGAGGUAAAUCUAGACUAUGAAAGCACAUUUGUCUUUGAGAAUGACUUUCCCGCUCUUCAGCCAGAUGCUCCAGAUCCUGGUUUGGAUCAACAUCCAUUGUUCCAGUGUAAAGCUGCCAGGGGUGUCUGUAAGGUCAUGUGUUUCCAUCCCCGGUCUGACAUCACCCUUCCACUCAUGAAAAAAGAAGAGGUUGUCAAGGUCAUUAACCAGUGGGCGGAUCUUGUCGAAGAACUAGGCGCUACCUACCCCUGGGUACAGAUCUUUGAGAAUAAAGGAGCCAUGAUGGGUUGUUCAAAUCCACAUCCUCACUGUCAGGUGUGGGCCAGCAACUUCCUGCCUAAUGAGCCAGCUACCUCAGACCGCUGUCAGAGAGCAUAUUAUGAGAAACAUGGAGAGCCGCUGCUGCUGCAAUAUGCCAAGCAAGAGGCAGAGAAAAAGGAACGUGUGGUGGUGGAGAAUUCUGAUUGGCUGGCAGUGGUUCCAUAUUGGGCAACGUGGCCCUACCAGAUGCUGCUGUUACCACGACGACAUGUCCUCAGAAUCAGUGACCUGACAGCGGAGGAGAGGGAGGGUCUGGCUGACAUUAUGAAGCGACUGCUGACCAAGUAUGACAAUCUGUUUGAAGUCUCAUUCCCCUACUCCAUGGGCUGGCAUGGAGCCCCUACUGGUCCCUGUUUAAAGGAAAACAACUCCCACUGGCAGCUGCAUGCUCAUUACUACCCUCCUCUGCUGCGCUCAGCCACAGUAAAGAAAUUUAUGGUGGGGUAUGAAAUGCUGGCCCAGGAGCAGAGAGACCUCACCCCUGAACAGGCUGCUGAGAAACUAAGAAACCUGCCAGACGAGCACUAUAAAACCAGAGAAAACCAAGAAAAAGGAGAAGCAAAGGAAAAUGAUGGGCAAGAAGGAAAGUGAAAGGACCUAUGUGAUGUGUGGAUAAAAGGAAGAACUGUUCAAACAGGAGACCAGUUUUGUUUCAUCCUUUUUGGAAAUGUGAAGUUGAAGUACUGCUUUAGAAUUACGAUCAAAAACAUGAAAUCAAAGUGCCUCUGCCGGCACAGAUUAAACAUAUUCUACUUACACAA